AUUUUGUUUUCAAAAUAGAAUAGCAUGUUGUUUGUUAAUUUUUUCUCUUUUACAUUUCUGUGUGUUUUAUACACCGGAUGUGAUGGCAAAAUUAUCACUGGUUUACCUGGAUUGGAAUCUCAAGUCUCUUUUAAACAAUAUGCUGACUAUGUGGUUGUAAAUAAAACGCAUGAUAGACGUUUGUUUUACUGGUUUAUUGAAUCACAGUCUGAUCCACAAAAUGAUCCUUUGGUGCUUUGGUUAAAUGGUGGACCUGGGUGUUCUUCAUUUGGAGGUCUAUUGGGGGAAAUGGGACCAUUCUACGUACUUCCUAAUAUUACUCUUGGAACAAAUAAAUACAGCUGGAAUAAAAUUGCAAACAUGAUUUUUUUGGAAUCACCGGCUGGUGUUGGGUUUUCAAAGUCGAACAACGCGCAAGAUUAUGUUACUGGUGAUGAGCAAACUGCUUCUGAUUCAUUAGAAUUUCUUUUGAAUUUUUUUAAAUCGUACCCCCACUUUAAAGAUAAUGAGUUCUGGAUUGCAGGAGAGUCUUACGCUGGUCACUACAUCCCAACAUUAACUGCAAAAAUUGUGGAACACAAUUCUAAAACAGCAGAAAAUAAAAUUAACCUUAAAGGGCUGAUGAUUGGUAAUCCUUUGACUUACUUGACUAUUAACAAUGGAGGAGUGACUGACUAUGUGUACAGCCACAAUCUUAUUGCCAAUGAAACUUAUCAAGGGCUGAAGAAAUAUUGUAACUAUACAUUUCCUUCUGGUAGCGGUACUGCAUAUAAUAAAGCCUUGUGUAACCAGUAUUCAGUGGCUGCUACAACAGAGAUGGGACCUCUUAAUCCAUAUGAUAUUUAUGUGGAUGUCUGUUUACAAGGAAAAAGUUCGAAGGAUGCAAUUGCCCUGCUGUCAAGUCUGGCUUCUUCUGAACUACCUGGAUCUGUAUUUGCAAAACAACGACUAAGUAAUUUAGAAGCACAUGCAAUAGAACAAGGAAAGCUUGGUUCCCCCUACUUUCCAUGUCAAGAUAGUUAUACAAGCAAAUAUCUUAAUGAUCCAUUAGUACAAAGAGCUAUCCAUGCUGACCCAACAGAAUGGACAGAUUGCAACGACUUUAUCAACCAAAAAUAUUCAAAAGUUGAUUUUGCUCAAAGUAUGUUGCCAAUAUACAAACAGAGCAUCCUAAACCAAGGAUUAAAUGUCCUCAUAUAUUCUGGCGAUGUUGAUUCUGUCGUACCAGCAACAGCUACGAGAAGAUGCAUUCAGGAGCUUGGUUUAAAAAUUAAAUCUAAAUGGCAACACUGGACUGACUCAAAAAAACAGAUUGGUGGAUAUACAGAAGAAUAUGCGGGCCUAACCUAUGCAACAGUACGCAACGCUGGUCAUGAGGUUCCAUCAUUUCAACCAAUGAGAGCUUAUGAUAUGUUUUCAAGAUUUUUAAAAUCAAAUCAUGUUGUUGUAAAAUAACUAUCAUACCUCAACCAAAUCAACCGUUUUUCUGUCUUUGUGUUAAAAUAUAUAGGCAAUUGUAAUAUCUGUUAAUAGAUGAGAUAACACUUACGUAAAAAAAUAUAUAAUUUACAUUAUCAUAGAUUUUAUAGGGUAUCUAUUUAUUUGCCACAAAUUUGGUAUUGCUAUUCUAUAUUUCGCACAAGCCACUUCUUAUAAAUUAUCUGUAAGUGUCUGUGACAGAAUUUUUCAUAUAUUAUCUUGUUAUUAUAUUAGUAUAUCAUAUUUAAAUAUGACAUAAUAUAUUGAAUUACAAAUACACUCUUUAAGUCAUCAUGUUUGACUCAGAA